CGACCGGUCAAGAUUCAUAAGAUGGAGGAGAUUGUUUUGGAAACAAAAGAUGCAGUUGAUUGGUCAUAUAGAAGCGAAGGAGUUGUUAAUUUGGUUCUCGCUUACACUGGAACCUCUCCCACUUUCUUGGGAAAGGUGUUGAGGACAAAAAAAAUGCGAAACACUGGGAAUGAAAAUGGUCUUACGACGCAGGAAAAGCUUAUUUGGGGAGAUAUUAAGGAUCUUGUAUCUUCCCAAAACAAGGAGAUUGCGGAAUAUUUGUUUGUCAAACAUGUCAUGAAACCUUUGUUGGGUCACAAAUAUGUUCAUGCUGGAAUUCCCCUUCCUGUAGAAAAGGAGUUUCUUGAGUCUGUUAAGAAAAUAGUGACAUCUCAGCGUCAUUCUUGGCGCGCUAAUGCAGCCAGUGUGGAUACUAACCGCAGAUUUGCGCUUCUCAUGGAUGAUUUGACCAUUUUCUCCCAUGGCUUCCGUGGUGGCAUAUGCAAAACAACCCCAAAGCUUGAAUUAGCUUUUGAGCAUAUACUCAAAGAUUUCUUCAAAACCGAAGAUGACAGCGGCGUACGUGCAAAUACUUUCAUAGAGCUUGUUACAGAAACUGUUUACGCAUCUGGAGCUCUAGAUCAGCUUCUUGACGUUCAAAAGCUUGACAAAUAUAACAUCGAGGGAGCGAUUCACGCCUACUAUGACUUAGUUGACAAGCCAUGUAAAGCGUGCCAAGAGUUGGAAAGUAGUAAAUUAUCGAAUCAGUUUGGUUCCAUGCAUUCAAUUCCACAGGAUGAGAAAAUAAAUAUUUUGAAGGAUUUUCUAAUAUCUUCCACUGCUAUAGAUUGUAGUGUAAUGAUAAGUUUCAGACCAAUAGAGACUGGGCUCUCAAGAUCCUCUUCCCACGGUAAUAUUCAUCUUGAAUCAACAAAGCAAGAAUUUGAGUAUAAGGUACACUUCAUUGAUCUUGAUAUGAGACCUUUGAAGAGAAUGGAAGCCUAUCACGAAUCAGACAAGAAGAUCAUGAAAACAUACCUGGAGAUGCUGAAAAAGAAGAAAGGAGAUCAACCUCGACGCUUUUAGAACUACAAAGCUAUAAGAAUCAGAUUUCAUAUCUCAUAAGAGUAUUUUAUGUUUCACUUUUAACGCAACAAUUUUCUACUGUUUUCACUUAUAUCAAUUCAUAUCAACAUUGGUUAUAUGUUUACUGGUUUGAUUGAUGAUGAUAUGUUGAUCUCAACACUCAUUUUACUAGAUCAUUCCUAAUUGAAAUUGUUAGGGUACGUGAACAAAUUAUACAUGUUAAA